GCAAACCUCACAUUGUCUGGCUCGGUCUAAGAAGGAUUCGAGAGAACGUCACCACUUGGUCGAACAGCGAGCCUUAUACAUUCAAUCUAACAAAUGUCACUGUAACACCAGAGGAGCAAAGAUGUGGAGCUGUUGAAAAUAACAAAUAUACAGAUUUUGGCUGUAACGAGAGUUUCCAUUUCAUGUGCUACGAGGGAAAUAACUACCACCUGAUUGAUCAUAUGAAAAAGGACUGGUGUCAGGCACAGCAGUACUGCAGAAGACACUUCAAGGAAUUAGUCAGCAUCAAUGAUGAAAACCAAAAAAGACAAGUGGUCGAGGAAGGACGAAACAAAACCUUUUGGAUUGGACUCCUGCACGAUGAAUGGGAGUGGCAGGACGGGAGCUGCUCGACGUACAGAUCGUGGGACAGAACAUCAGAGAAUUGUACAGCUCAGAAAAAGUCUUCACAUGUGUUGUAUGGAUAUGACUGUCUCAGUGAAGCAGGAGCACUUUGCUCCAAAGGCAAUGUGAGGAUCGUGGUCGUCAGACAGAAUUUAACUUGGGAAAAGGCUUUGGAUUACUGUCUCGCCAAUCACUCAGGCCUGCUGUGGAUUGAGGAUGAGGACGAUCAGAAGGAUGUUGUUGAAAUCUUAAACAACCUCAACGUCGAGGGUCCUCUCUGGAUCGGCCUGAGGCAGAAUCCUGUCUUCGGGUUCUGGAUCUGGAGCGACAGGACGGUGACCUACAGCCACUGGGAGAACGACCGAACACCGGAGAUGCCCUCGUCUAGAAACUGCGGCGUCAUCAACGUGAAGAACUCCAGGUGGCAGAAUGAAAACUGUUCGGACUUGCACCAAUUUCUUUGUGAGGAGGAGAUUUCUUUCAUUAACUAAUAGGAUAUAGUUAUAAAGCUUCUUGAUAAAUGAGACUUUUGUGACGGAUAGGUCGUGUUGAUGUGUGAAGAUGAUGGAGAUAAAAAACUUUAGAUUUUCCUUAAAUCCUCUGAUUUAUAAUUGUUAUAAAUCAUACUGUUCUACAGGUGAUUUAAUGAAGAGUUAUACAUUGAUGAAUUUGACAAUCCAUUAAAAGCUGUUUAUAUUAUUAUUAUUAUUAUUACACUAUCAUUACUACUGUUAGUACUAUUACAACUUUUACUAUUACCUAUGAUUGUUUGAAACAUUUGUGUCAGUCUGUUGCUAAUCAGACAAAUUGAUUUGGAUUGCCUUUAAAUGACCACAGUUUGGAGGAGAAGUGGCGUUUCUGUU